AUGGAUUUCGCUUCGACGGUCAGGAAGGCGUGUGCUGGGACUAGGGCUAGAUGCACGUGGCAGAGGAGGAAGCGAUCGCGUCCGUACGACCGCACAGGACGAGCCGGCCUAGGGGCGACAAGACCGAGUCGGACCUCUUCGCUUUUCAGACAAUGGAUGUCUCACUUCUGCUGUACGUCUCGGGCCUGUACGUCCAGUCUGAGCCUGUCUGAUCAGUCCCUGCUGCAGUCAGGAUGCUGCACCAGUCCCAGAGGUGCACAGGGUAUCGUUGGAGAUGAAAGAGAUGGACAGAGAGAGGUGUAUGGAGAGGAGGUUUGGAUGGGAGAAGUUGAGGAUGACAAGGAAGGUGAGGAUGAGAACGAGGAAGAAGAACAAGAUGAUGAUGAUGAAGAUGAAGAAGAAGAAGAGGAGGACAGUAAAGAAGAGAAAGGGGAAGAAAGCCAGGAUCUGGGUCCUCCUCCGUCUGUAGACGAGGCCGCCAACACACUGAUGACGCGACUGGGGUUCCUGCUCGGGGACAAAGUGAACGAAGGGCCUGGUGGAGCACAGUACAGCAUGGAGGAACAAGAUGACCCUCAGGGCGUCUCCAUGACCCAGAGGAUCAGCCCAUGCUCCAGUUUAGCUAGCAGCACAGCAUCGCCCCCUCCUGGCAGCCCCUGCUCCACGUUACCCGCUGGAGCCCCGGGUAACAUGGGCACCAGAGACUGUGCUUACGGAUCCAUCACGAGUCCCACCUCCACCUUGGAGAGCCGAGACAGUGGCAUUAUAGCAACGCUCACAAGUUACUCAGAGAAUGCAGAGCACGGAGGAAAACACAGCGAGGGCUCACGGGGCAGCCUCAAACUCUGGCAGGCGCAGAAGUCGAUGGGUGCAGACUCCUUUCUUUAUCGGGUGGAUGAAAACAUGGCCGCCUCCACAUACAGCCUCAACAAAAUCCCAGAGAGGAGUCUGGAGCAUUCUGUCUCUCACUCCGCCCACUCCAUCCCCCUCUACCUCAUGCCUCGCCCCAACUCUGUGGCCGCCACUAGUUCAGCUCACCUGGAGGAUCUUGCGUAUCUAGAUGAGCAGAGACAGGCUCCACUGCGGACGUCUUUGCGUAUGCCACGACAAAACUCCGGUUCCAGCCGCUCUGGACAAGCUGACAUGAGAGUGCACUUUGCUCCAUACCGGCCACCGGACAUCACCCUGAAGCCGCUUCUCUUCGAGGUGCCCAGUCUGACCCCCGAUGCGGUUUACACCGGCCGAGAAUGGCUGUUCCAGGAAGUGGACGCGUGUCUGCGCAGCUGCGAGUCCUCAGCCAAUCAAGGUGUGGUUAUUGUUGGCAACGUUGGCUUCGGCAAGACGGCCAUCAUCUCUCGCUUGGUGGCUCUCAGCUGCCACGGCAACCGCAUGAGACAGAUCACCUCUGACAGUCCACACGCCUCACCAAAACAUGGCGACACACUGCCCUUGAGCCAGCCUCAGUCCGCUCACGGCACUCUGGUCGGUGGGAGCAGCUGCCCUGGAACGCCCGAGAUGAGGAGACGCCAGGAGGAGGUGCUCAGAAGGCUGGCUUCUCAGGUGGUGGCGUACCAUUACUGUCAGGCCGACAAUGCAUACACCUGCCUGGUUCCUGAGUUUGUGCAUAACGUGGCAGCGUUGUUGUGCAGGGCUCCUCAGAUGCAGGCCUACCGAGAGCUGCUGCUCCGCCAGCCGCACCUGCAGAGCACCCUCAGCCUGCGCGCCUGCGUCCAGGACCCUUUCAACGCUUUCCGCAGGGGCCUGCUGGAACCUUUGGACAUCCUGCAUCGAGAGAGGAAGAUCGCGUGUGAGGAGAACCUCAUCAUCCUGAUUGACGGGUUGAAUGAGGCGGAGUUCCAUAAACCGGAUUACGGAGAAACCAUUGUUUCCUUCCUGUGCAAAACCAUAGAGCGUUUCCCUCCCUGGCUUAAACUGGUGGUCACUGUCAGAACGACACUGCAGGAUAUAACUCGUCCGUUGCCGUUCCACCGGAUCUCUCUGGAUCGGCUGGAGGAAAGUGAUGCGAUUGACUCGGACUUGCAGGGCUACAUCCUGCACCGGCUUCACUCCAGCCAGGAGAUCCAGAACAACGUGGCACUCAACGGCAAGCUGGACAACGCAGCCUUCACCAAACUCAGCGCUCAUCUGAAAAGUCUGAGCCGGGGGUCCUAUCUCUACCUGAAGCUCACGCUGGACCUCAUUGAGAAAGGUUACCUGGUGCUCAAAAGCUCCAGCUUCAAGGUGGUUCCGGUGAAUCUGGCCGAGGUUUACCUGUUGCAGCUGAAUAUGCGUUUCCCAACUCAGUCGUCAUUCGAACGCGUUCUUCCACUGCUUAACGUGGCCGUGGCUUCUCUACACCCGUUAACUGAUGAGCAGGCCUACAGUGCCGUGAAUGCCGGCAUGGUGCGUGGAGCGGCCAUGGACUGGGAGGAUUUCCAGCAGAGGUCUGAACUCCUGUCGCCCUUCCUGGUGAAAAGACGUGAUGGCACGCGCAUGUUCAUCCACCCCUCCUUCAGAGAGUGGCUCAUCUGGAGAGAGGAUGGAGAGAAGACCAAGUUCCUCUGCGAACCCAGGAGUGGCCACACACUGCUUGCUUUCUGGUUUUCACGGCAAGACAGUAAACUUAAUCGACAGCAGACCCUCGAACUUGGCCACCACAUUCUCAAAGCUCACAUCUUUAAGGGCCUGAGUAAGAAGGUUGGGGUUUCCUCGUCAGUUCUGCAGGGGCUGUGGGUGUCCUACAGUACAGAAGGGCUCUCUGCAGCUUUGGCUUCAUUGAGAAACCUCUACACUCCAAACAUCAAGGUAUCUCGGCUGCUGAUUAUGGGCGGAGCUAACAUGAACUAUCGUACAGAGGUGUUGAAUAACGCCCCCAUCCUGUGUGUCCACGCUCACCUGGGCUACCUGGAGACUGUGGCUCUGCUGCUGGAGUUUGGGGCGGAUGUGGAUGGCGUUUCAGAGAGCGGACUCACUCCCCUCAGCUACGCAGCGGCCGCAGGUCACCUACCUGUCAUCACUGCCCUCUGCAGCAAGAAAGCCAAGGUGGAUCACCUGGAUAAGAACGGUCAGUGUGCACUGGUCCACGCGGGUCUGCGGGGUCAUCUAGAGGUGGUGAAGUAUCUGGUGCAGUGCGAGUGGAACACAGACGGACAGCAGGCUGGAUCCUUCAGCAAGAGCCAUGCGGUACAGCAGGCCCUCAUUGCAGCCGCCAGUAUGGGCUAUACAGAGAUUGUAUCCUACCUGCUUGACCUACCUGAGAAAGAUGAGGAAGAGGAGGAACGAGCUGAGAUAAAUAACUUUGACACACUGUGGGGUGAAACAGCUCUGACAGCAGCAGCGGGUCGGGGGAAGCUGGACGUGUGUCGUCUUUUACUGGAGCAGGGUGCCGCUGUGGCUCAGCCCAACCGCAGGGGCAUCGUGCCACUCUUCAGCGCCGUGCGGCAGGGACACUGGCAGAUAGUGGACCUGUUGCUGAAUCACGGCGCUGAUGUGAACAUGGCAGAUAAACAGGGACGAACUCCUCUAAUGAUGGCUGCGUCUGAGGGACACCUGGGUACGGCCGAGUUCCUGCUGGCUCAAGGAGCCUCAUUGUCUCUGAUGGACAAGGAGGGGCUAACAGCACUGAGCUGGGCGUGUCUUAAAGGCCACCUCCCGUUGGUCCGUGCUCUGGUUGAAAGAGGUGCAGCGACGGCCCAUGCAGACAAGAGCGGACGCACUCCACUGGAUCUUGCCGCUUUUUAUGGCGACUCAGAAGUGGUGCAGUAUCUGGUGGAUCAUGGUGCUAUGAUCGAGCAUGUGGACUACAGCGGCAUGCGUCCACUGGAUCGUGCAGUUGGCUGCAGGAACACAUCAGUGGUGGUGGCGCUGCUCAAGAAGGGCGCCAAGAUAGGAUGUCAGACACUCCCCACCCGUGCCCGAGGUAAAACACAGACCUUUGACUUUGGGAUGGCGGAAGAGUUUGCCUCCAAGGCACUAGAGUUGAAACCCAAAUCCUAUGAAGCCUAUUACGCACGAGCCCGUGCCAAGCGCAGCAGCAGGCAAUUCCACGCAGCCCUGGAGGACCUGAGUGAAGCUGUGCGUCUAUGUCCCAAUAACCGCGAGAUCCAGCGCCUGCUGCAACGUGUAGAAGAAGAGUGUCAUCAAGUUGAACAACAACAGGAGCUGGAUCCGCCUCCUUCCCCUCCCCGCGAUCAAGCCCCAUCCAUGGUUUCGCCUCCUCCAAUGGAGCCUCACAUUUCAGACAUGGAGCCUGUCCAGGACUUGUUUGAGGAGGACGAUGAUUACCUCGAGCGGGAUUUGGACGGCCUACCACUUGGUGUUCCUGCUGAGCCCCACACUAUACCAUCGGGACUUCCUGUCAUUCAAAACAUGCCUCCAUCUCCGAGCCAUCACGAUUCACCCUACUUGGGCCAAGCGUAUGAUUUUCGCCCCAGUCCCCCUUCAAUGUCCUCUCCUACCAGGCAAGGCUACCAGUCCCCCUCUCCGUCGCUCUCACCAACGCACCAGAGCUCUCCCUUCCGGCCCAGUCCCCUUCAUCAGGCCUCUUACCACUUCAGCCCACCGCCAUCACCGUUACGCCGUGGACCACAGUAUCGUGCCAGCCCCACCUCUGAGGGAGUCGCCAUGUACCGUCCCCAGUCCGCCUCUGCAGGACGGUACCAGCAGGACCAGCUUGCAGGGCGACCCAAGUCCCCUCUGUCCAAGAUGAGCAGCCAACGUUCUUUCCAAUUUUCCCAACAGACUUCCCAGCCAUCACAACAGACCCAGUGGUUGCAGCCAGCCAAAGCACAGAUCAUCCGCACUAACCAGCCCAGCACUGCGGUGCACUCCAGUGUCGUACUGGGUAGUAGUGCAUACAGUCAGAUUGCUCACUCGAUGAGCGCCCGCUGCCCAGGAGAAAUGGAUGAGCUUGGGGAUGGAGGGUACUCUUCCUCACUUCAACCUCAGGGCAGUCUGAGUGCAGGGGCCUUGUACCAGCGUGCCAUCAGCAUGGAUCCUGGCCUUGUGGAGGACGAGCUCCCUCAGAGGCCCUCCUCUGCAUACAGACCCAAUCCCGGAGGAGUCCGUUACGCUCAGACACCACAGAUCAGCCGCAGUCAGUCGACCGCCUACUAUCCAGUCUCGCCUCACGAAAUUGAGCGACAGGUGACUCUGGGUUCACCAGAGAACCUUCAAGCCCACCGACGUCCAGUCAGCGCGAAUAGUGCUGAACCCAAACAGCACCCACCAGCUCCACGCCCCCUUAUUCACUCCCACAGUACGGGUCUACGCUUCUCUCCAUCCAGCAACAGUUUGGUGGCAGGUUCUGCUGCUAACCUAGGCCCAGGGUUCAGGGUGUCAGCUUCUGUGCAGCAAAUGGAGAUCCCUCUAAAGCUUUCCUAUGAAGGCGGCUACCAUGAUGACCUUUCACCGGUGUCACCCCCACAAGGCACAGACUUCCGGGUGGUGGGUGGAACAUAUCCAGGAGAAGCACUUCGCUCCCGCACUACACCUUUCAUGGGAAUUAUCGACAAGACCGCACGGACUCAGCAGUACCUUCAGCAGCAGCCUUCGCUGGCAUCGUCCUCUUCGGGUUCUCGACCCUGGACCGUUUCUUCUCUGGAUACGGUGGUGAACAGUCCAGCCACUUCCCCUAGCAACAUGGGCUAUGGACAACAAGCAGCACCCCUCAGCCAUAUCGCCUACUACAACCGCACCAACAACGCUCACAAUGGCCACCUCAUGGAUGACGAUUUCUACGCCAACUCCCCUGGUGUGACACGGGACCGGGCGGACGCUAUGAGCAGAGUUAGCCAGGUUCCCACAUACCCGGAUGUGAAAGUGGCACGGACUCUGCCAGUUUCCCAGGCCUACCAGGACAAUGAGUUUAGGCAGAUGUCUCGAAAUGAAAGGCAAGGCCCAACCUCACCCAUUAAACCAAAGAGACCCUUUGUGGAGUCUAACGUGUAAGAAUAAAGAAACGGUGUGCAAGAUUUAUUAGAACAUUCUCGAGGAAUAUCUAACAUGUUGACCAUCUUAUCUCUUCGUUUUACGUCCCAUAUCUUGAUAAUGAAAAUAAAGACCUCUCAAGGUGAAUUUCACUGAUGUGAAUCUAGCAUGUACAAAUCAAAUGCAUCUAUAUUUGCUCUGGACACAAAAAUGGAAGUAUCAGGACCCAUUGGAGUUAUAGUAGGCCUGUGUAACUGCUGUACACCAACCUUCUACUUUUCUGUACCUUUCUGAGAGGGUGGCUUCUCAAUGCCAGUCAUGGACACAUUGCUGAGCAUGGCCCCUGGACCAGAUGUCCUCACUAAUGUUCCCACUCAAACCAGUAAUAUCCCUGAGAAUCUGGCUGUGUCUUGAGUUGAAAAUGUACCUAAAAUAUUCCAGAUCAAUAUUGCUAAAGCAAAAAACUAAUAUUUAAAAUUAAGUUAUGUUUGUAUAAAUAUAUAUACACCUAAAUUUCAAUGCAGUUGUGUUUUCAGUUUGCCUUGAGUUGACAUGCACUCAGCAAUGUGAAAUAUUUUUUAGACUUUUCUGGGCAUUUUUAUUUUUUGUCAACAGGUUAUAAAGGUCAACAGGAUCGCUACCUUUAACGCAAUGCAAAUAUCUGUAGUGUUUGGUUAAUAAUUUCAUAUCUGCUCAAGGGAAGUAGCAUUCAGGUGGUCAGCUGUUAAUUUACUCGCUCUAAAGUAGUCACACCACUAAAACGGAAAUUGUCUUUUCCAAAGAAACCUUUCUCAUGGGAAGGUAGGCGUGGGGAAAACUUUUUUUUUGCAGCCUCCGAAUUCACAUGCUCUCAUUCAUUAUGUUUUGAGAGUUUAUUUGUGCACUGAAACAUGCCUUCAGAACAUUUUCCCUGUUUGUUUUAAACUGUGAGUACUUGCUUUCAAAUAUGGGAAACCUGACUUGAUGUCAAAGCCUGUGUCAUGUAUCGCUAUUGAACUAACACUAUUGGUAGGUCAGGCACUUUUUUACGGAUGUCUUGGUGGGAAGAUGGUGACACAUCAGAUUUUCUCACUGGAUCUGACUUUACUAAUCAAUGUUCAACUGCUGUUGAAAAAGAGCAGGUCUUUUUGCAGUGUUUUAAUUAUUAUUAUUUUCUCAUUUUAAAGUUAUAUGAGGUGCACUCAGAGUUGACCUGGAAUACUGCUUACUGUACAACAGUGUUUGUAUUUAACUUUGUUUUCCUUUUGUAUGACCAAAAUGUAAAUGGCUGUAAAUAAUGUGCUGAACUAGAAUGCAUGCUCUCUGCUAAUACACAAACCUGAGUGUGUGUAUGUGUGUGGUUUUAUGUAUGAGGGAA